GCGGCCGCACUUUAACUCGUCUCUCGCUUUGCCCUCUGUGGCGACUCCAAUUCUCCCCACACAAUAUUGUGCUUGCGCUCGUUCGAACCAGUUCGACGAGCUCUACUCUGUGCUUUCCAUCUCCUGGAUCUAACCUGUGUGGAUUACACUCUUGCUCCAGUUCCCAGUUUUCGGCAUAUUCUUUGCCGAAUUCCACUUGUGAAACUACAUCAAACCGGUCUUUCGGAAAAGAUUUUGGUCUCAUUCGGAAGAAGAAGUUGUGGACUCCUCAACUACGCGGCAACCAUCCCUGUAAGUUGCAGCAUAACAAACUUACAGCCUUUUUGCUCCGCUCGUCAACUGAGCAGCCCUAGGGACGCUUAUCAGCGCUCCACCUGCAUCGUCGCUUAAGGCAGGCCGAUUAACACACGCUGCCGCUUUGUGUGGGUGUGUUUGUCCCACUGCGAGUCGAUUGAUCGUUGAAUCCGACAGUCUGCGCGUUACGACUUCCAUCUGCCUCCGCCUGACCUUGGUUCGGUUGGACAACUAUCCAUUCGUGCGCGUGUUCUGACCUGUUCCUGCGUCACCCCUAGCGCAAAGUACACUUAUCAAGGUGAGCGCUAAGAUAGGCUUUGCAUUCCAAUGGUUCAACGUCGCCUAUGUUGCGCAGACAACUGCAGUAAACUGCUUAAGAUCAGUAUCACCUGUUCUAGCUGCAUUAGAUCAUACUGUCCGCAAUGUGUAGGCAAAUCUGUCCAAGAAGUGAGACAGACAAACCAAGUUGCUGACACAAUUUGGUUUUGCCCAACAUGUCAAGUCAUUCCAGUGGUCAACUGCUUAUCUUUGCUCAUGAAAAAAUGCGAUAGGAUGACUGAAAUAAUCGCGCAAUUUGUAAAUACUAAGAUCCCUCCCCCGGAGGUAAAUACGGCCACGAUAAUAUCUCACCCGGCCAAAGUAAGCUCUGAGUCGAAACCGAAGAAAAGAGCUAGACGCUCCAACCGCACUGCAGCGUCUGUGACUCUAAAUCCACUGGGUCACCUGACUCCCAUAAGUGGGCAAGCCUCAAACAUGUCUGCUUCCACUUCUCCAACCAUAGAGGCUUCACUUGGAGAUUCAGCCAUGACACCGACAGCUCAGAGCCGUAGGAAAUCCGGUGCAGAUAACAAGCAGGUAACGUACGCAUCGAUUGCCUCGACAAACACACCGGGAGGGACACACAUAGGUCCAUCUUCAGUACCGAGCACGCGUGGUGCAAAGCAGCUUUCACCGUCCAAUCCAGUGGUGUCCUCUAAACAACGCGAAUUGCCGGCAAAAAGUAUAAAGCCAACACUUGCUAGACAAAACCACGCUGCGUUAACUCUCGUGUGCACCAAUGUUCCCGAAUCCAAAUCUGGAACAAUAAAAGGCAAGUUGCAAGACGAUCGCAACCAGUGGAGUUCCAUCUGCGAGGCAAUUAACAUUCGGGUUGAGCCUGUAACUCUGCAACGCGUAGCGCGUCACCCGACCUCCGUGCACUCUGGUGAACCUCGAAUUCUUCGAGUAACACUAAACUCAGCAGAUGAGACAGAGGCUGUCCUGCUCUCAGCAGUUUGUCUUCGCAACUCACCGAGCGGAGUACGCAUAUUGCCUGAUCUGCCUUGGAAAGAUCGCCCAAAAGAAGCAGUUGACCAACGCGGCAUUGCUAAUAGAGAUAGCAAGAAAACAAUAUUUGUUCAUGGUGUUCCUGAGCUUCUGCAUUCUUCUGAUCACGAUGCACAAACUCAUGACCGAGAGCAGUGGUGCUACAUCCGCGAAGCACUCUCUGUAGACAAUGUUAUUGCCAAAUCCCUGACAAGAGUUCCGACAUCACCUAACUACAAGGGCUGCGGUCCAAGGCUAAUUAAAGUAAUACUACACUCGGAGGGAAUGACGCAAGUUCUGUUGGAUAGCUGGUUAAAGUUUCGAGCUAGGUUGCCUACAGAGAUCCGGCUAAAAGCAGCAGGCGAACGACCAAAAGUCGGAAGCAAUUCAACGGAACUUACAAACGCAGCAAAUUCCUUAUCUGCACAGUCUUGCGGAGAGACCGACACAACAGCGCCCACGGCACACAGGAGGACCGAGCACAGCACCAGUGAAACUUCUGUACAGGGACGCUUAAUAAUGCCUUGCAACACGACUGAAAUACAUAAACCAAAAAACGAUUAAUUGCCGGCCACCUAACGGCCGGCUUAAAAGCGAACACAAACUUGACAUCUACCAAUGAACUCCUAAAAACAAAGGCCCUAUCUUGCAUGUACACAAACGCCCAAGGCCUUCUAAGCAAGUUGGCAGAACUUAGAGAACUCCAUGCCUCACAACCGCGGGACCUCGUCAUGAUUACAGAGACAUGGUUAAACCCUGAGAUAACCGAUUCUGAGAUCAAUUUACCCGGUAUGUCACUGCUUCGGACCGAUAGAACCGGAAGGGGGGGCGGUGUGAUUCUUUAUUAUAAUACAAACCUCCGAUGUGAGGUUAUCGACCACCCGGAAAUCCGAGCUCCCGAUUCGCUUUGGUGCCGCCUAUGGUUGCGAAACAAGGACACAUGCCUACUAGCCGUGAUUUAUCGCCCACCAAACUCAACUUCGGAAAUGGACUCCAAACUGAACCACGUUUUCCAGUUUGCUUUGAACAAGUCCUACACCCACAUUCUUAUCGCGGGAGACUUUAACGUGCAUGACAUAGAAACGCCAGCAACCGACGGUAUGCAGUUUAAAGCCUGCUUGCAAGAGCUUAUUGCUAGCCACCCUCUGUACAACCACGUAACCUCCCCCACCAGAUUUCGAACUGCUAACAAGCCGUCGAUACUGGAUCUUGUGCUCACUAACGAAGAACUCAUGGUUAGCGGGAUAAUUACAAGCACACCACUGGGUCGUAGUGAUCAUGUUACUCUACUCUUUGACUAUAUUUGCUAUGCGGAGUACCCUGAAAAGGAGGAGGAUAAAGUGCAUACUGUCACACACUACAAUGUGUUGUCUAAGCUUGUUAAGGAUACAUCUUGGACUUUCUUAACCGAAUGCCCACCAGAUGUUGCCUGGGAAACAUUUACAAGGACGUUUAGUACACUGGUAGCGCACGCAUCAGAGCAGAAGUCCUUCCACCCUAAAAACAAGCGUAAUUCAUUUCUGAGGAGCAGGACACGUAAAUGUAUGUCCCGGAGGGAUUUGGCAUGGCGAGAUCACCAGGACUGCCCGAAUGCCGAAACCUGGACUGCAUACGUGACCCAUCGUAACUUCUGUGUGAAGCUGAUCCGCGAAGACAAGGUCACUCAUCAGCAGAAGUUAAUGAAGCGAUUCUGCACGAAUCGCAAACUCCUGUACAGGCACGUUAACGGCCUUCGAAAGGUAAAGCGAGGGGUUUCAGCACUAGUCACGGCUGAUGGGUGCACGCGAUCAGCAAUGGAAGCAGCUGAUCUCCUACGGCUUCAUUACUCCCGAACUUUCCAGGAGGCAACGAGCACAAACAUUCCCCUCAUUCCUACUACUCCACCAUCUGGCUUAGAAAACAUCACCUUCACUGCGGAAGCUGUGUUGAAGAAGUUGUUAUGCUUGCGUAUCCACAGUUCUCCUGGAGCUGACAACAUCCGACCAAAGGCUCUCCAGGCAGUAGCUAGUGAUCUAGCAGCACCACUGGCUAUUUUCUAUCAGCGAUGUCUAGAGGAGAACCGUAUUCCACCAGUAUGGAAGCGAGGGGUCAUCACUCCUAUUCAUAAAGGAGGUAGCCGCACUGAUCCUGCCAACUACCGUCCAAUAACACUACUUCCCGUACUAUCCAAAGUGAUGGAAUCAAUCGUCGCAGAUGCGCUGAUGGAAUACCUGGAAAGCCACAAUUUAAUAGCCCCAGAGCAACAUGGCUUUCGUCAAAAGCAUUCGUGUAAUACCAACCUAUUAAUUGCACGUAAUAGCUGGACUGAAGCUGUUGAUGAUGGAGUAGGAGUCGAUGUCAUCUACCUAGACUUUUCAAAAGCAUUUGAUCGCUUAAACCAUCGCAUUCUCCUUCACAAGCUUCGGAAUUACGGCAUUGGCGACCCAAUCCUGAGUUGGAUUGACAAUUUUCUACAAGAACGAAGGUUAGUGGUGAGAGUCCGAGAAUCAUUGUCUGAUGCAAUCGAUGUGGCGUGCGGAGUACCACAAGGCUCGGUUCUUGGACCUCGUCUAUUCUUGGUGUUCAUUAACGAUUUGGCGAGAUCAAUCACUUCCGAUUUCCUAUUUUUCGCUGAUGAUAUCAAGAUAUGGCGAAGGAUCAGAGGACCGGAAGACCAUGAACGACUCCAGUGCGAUCUUAACACAGUGUCGAACUGGUCACUUCAAAACGCCCUACCGUUCAAUGUAGACAAAUGUCGCGUCGUACAAUUACGCCAUCGUCAUAACUAUACCUAUUCACUUGGGACCAAAGGACUGCAGAAUAGCUCCCAGGAACGUGACCUAGGUGUGAUCGUACAGAGCGACCUCAACUGUUCAAAACAGGCUGAGGUUGCUGCGAAAAGAGGCAACCAGCAUGUCGGCAUGUUGCGAAGAGCAUUCGGAAGAUUUGACCCAUCAAUCUUCCCAAUGAUGCACAAUUCCUACGUGCGCCCGCAUGUUGAAUACGCUAUCCAAGCUUGGCAACCUUGGUUGAAGCGGGACCUAGAAGCGAUAGAGGCACCACAACGGAGAGCAACAAAAAAUGUGAAGGGCCUGCGCUAUCACUCUUACCACCGAAGGCUGAAGUUGCUGGGAAUUUUCAGCGGGCGCUAUCGAAGACUGCGCGGUGAUCUCAUAUUAGCGUAUCAAAUAUUGAGUGACCCCAACCACGUAUGCCGCCAUUUGCUGAAACUUAGCCACAACACGCAGCUCAGGGGUAACUGCUUAAAGUUGAAGGAACAAUAUAGCCGUCUAGAGUGUCGACGGAAUUACUUUUCCCUUCGGGUUUGCAAACCUUGGAACGCACUCCCAGACUCAGUUGUAUCCUCUCCUACCUUGGAUGUUUUCAAAAAACGAUUAGAUGUUGCUCUUAGCUCCCAACAUUUUGUUACCUAAACUCCCCUACUGUGGAUUACGCCAAGGAUGCAUUACAACAGGAUUUAUGUAUCAAACGGAUCUAAGUGAGCGACCAUAUUUUACUUUGCUCACUCUUUACCUCAAUGAUCACUGCACCCCAGUGUCUUUCUGAACGUUUACGCUCGAUAAUUUAUUUUAAUUUUACACUGAUGUUACUUAUCAAACUAUUCAUCUCGGCAGACGUUCGGUAGAUGACCCAGACAUAUUUUGAUUUCAUCAUAUUCACCUCAACCAUCCUACGGGACGUGUCAAGCACUUGCUUUUAUCCCGUGAUAAAUCAUUGUUCAUUGUUCAUUGU